ACACGAAAAAACACCUCAAAGAUGCAUGGGCAGUAUUGCUAUAGCUAAGGUUGUUUAGCAUGAAGGUGAUCUGAAGCGCACUUCUAUAGUUCUGCAUGUGUUCAGAGGAUAUUUCCAGUAAAUAGGAGUUGAGGCUUUGUGAGAUCAACGUUUCUGUUGAUUUGAUCUUCAGAUAUCUUAAAAUAAAUAGCCAAAUAAAACUCCCUAUGUAACAACGUGUUCACAAAUAGGAAAAUGAUAAAAUGACUUGUUAUGUUAGAGAUCUGAUAAAGGGGAAAAGUUCAGUUCCUUGAGGCUGUGAUCACCUUAACCCUUCCUCAUUCAGCUCUGCACCCCCUUCCUGCCCCCCGUUGCUGUAAAUUGCAGGUAGUACGUCGCAGGACAACAACCCUUACCGUUCAAAUCGUGAUUAAUCUUAGAUUUCCCUCUGUCUGUGCAAAAGAUCAAAUGUGGGCUUGGUGGGCACCGGGUUUUGCAUGCCUGACUUCGUAACCCUCAGUCUGCUCGUACUGCCUCGCGCUGUGCCUCUGGAUGACCUCUGUGUUUCGGAGUAGUGUCAUUUAUAGAAAACUGACUACAAGAGGACUCGGCUAAGAAAAUGUUUGUGAUGAUGACAAAAUUGUUGUUUAAACUUUUCUUUACGGCGGUUCCCUCAUUCCGUGUAGAAAAGUUAGCGUGGGGGAUACCAGCACUUGUUCAUCUCACAAAUAUGAGUUCAACCUGCUUUGUAAGCAGUAUUCUAAAAACUGGCUUUGUUAUGCCGUUUGCUCCUCCUCAGGGAAAUGUGACUUUUGUUUUCUGUUUUUACAGUCGUGUCCUCCUGUCCUCCCUCCCAGCUGUGCUGAAAGAAAGACAGGAAAGCAAGAAAGUCAUUUGCAUACUAUUAGUUUGUGGAUAGCUUUUAGAGCUGUAGAAAUAUUACCCUUCUCUCACGUGUAGAUUCUGACUCAAUUCAACGUCCUAUUGACAGUUUUUAAAUGUUAUCAACAUUGCCGUAUAUGUGCAUUGCAUUUACAGCACAGUGUCUCCUUGUUUGGGCUAUCUGGACUUGCAUUUUAUUUGGAGGCUUGCGCCUAAACUGGUGUUAGCAAAUAACUUGAAACCUAUACCACAAAUCCUUCUAUACAAAAAAUGUUAAAUAGCAUUUAUUCAUUGCAAGGAAAAUAUGAAAUUAAGCUAUCUUCAUCCAAUAAAACUUGGCUUUGUAUCACAUUUUUCAUGCAAAUUAUCUGUGUUUUCUUUAGAAGUAUGGAAAUACUUCUCCGUAUGGAAUAUGGAAAGGGAAAAGACUCAUUUUGACUAAACAUAGCCAGGAAAGAGAAUAUUCCUCAAUUUACAGAAACUAGGUAGUCAGAUGAAGGAGACUGCAGAAAGGUGUGCAUGUUUGUGUUUGAACUCAGCUGACAGGAUGCGGUGCUCUUUCCUCUGUAUCACAAGAUAUGUAAAAAGAUACAUGACAGAGAAACUGGGACAAAACAAAACGAGUUAUCUUGGGUAGAACCAUAUCUGCAGCCGGUGCUAUUUUCCAGUGUUUCCGGUCAGAAGUAGAAAUGACUUGUUCUUGGUUGGAAAGCAAGGUCUUGGAAUAUUUGAAAUUAAUGCAUCUUUUUGUCAUCUUGCAGAGCAUUUGAGUGAUACUCGAUUAGCUACUAUGAGCCUGCUACACAGCGAUAACAGUUGCGGAGCCCGAGACCUGGAAAGUGGCUGCUGUGCAGCCAUGGCCAGCGCCUGCAGCGUGGGAGCAAAAGAAGAUAGUGUAAGCGUCAGCAGUGGGGCUGGAAACCCUCCAAGCUCUUUCACAGAGGAAACUCAAGGAUAUGAUGUGGAGUUUGAUCCACCCUUGGAAAGUAAAUAUGAAUGUCCAAUCUGUUUGAUGGCUCUUCGGGAAGCAGUGCAGACACCAUGUGGACACCGCUUUUGCAAAGGCUGCAUUGUCAAAUCAAUAAGAGAUGCAGGCCAUAAAUGUCCAGUAGACAAUGAAAUUCUGCUUGAAAAUCAACUUUUCCCUGACAACUUCGCUAAACGGGAAAUCCUUUCUUUAAUGGUGAGGUGUCCCAACAAGGGCUGCUGUAUGAAGAUGGAGUUGAGGCAUUUGGAGGACCACCAGCUGCAGUGCGAUUUCUCCACUGUGGAGUGCCCUCAGUGCCAAGGAUCCUUCCAGAAGAACCACCUAAAAGAGCACAUGACGCAGGAGUGUCCAAGGCGUCAAGUCUGUUGUCCAAACUGUGCCAUGUCUAUGGCUUACGAAGAUAAAGAGCUUCAUGACCAAACCUGUCCACUAGCCAACGUAUUUUGUGAAUAUUGUAAUACAGUGCUCAUCAGAGAGCAGAUGCCUAACCAUUAUGAUAAUGAUUGUCCUACUGCCCCCGUACCAUGUUUUUACAGUGCCUUUGGGUGUCCUGAAAAGAUGCAGAGGAAUGAGCUGGCACGACAUAUGCAAGAGUUCACUCAGGUUCACAUGAGAAUGAUGGCUCAGAGUUUUCAAAAUAUCCAUGUUACUGCUGCGAAUCGUGUACCCUUUAUCAAUGGCCUACCCUUUGAGCAUACCCUCUUCUCCCGUGUCUCAUCUGCCCCAUAUGAUUGUAAUCCUGAAGUCGAAAACUUCAAAGAAACUAUUCAGCAGCUGGAAGGUCGUCUGGUAAGACAAGAUCACCAAAUCAGAGAACUGAUUGCUAAAAUGGAGACUCAGAACACUCACAUGGCUGAACUCAAACGUACUAUCCGAAAUUUGGAGGGAAAAAUUACUGAAAUGGAGGCACAGCAAUGUAAUGGUAUUUACAUCUGGAAGAUUGAGAACUUCAGUGGACUUCAGAAAGCCCAGGAAGAAGAGCGACCUGUUGUGAUGCACAGUCCUGGCUUCUAUACUGGAAAACCUGGCUACAAGCUGUGUUUGCGGCUACACAUCCAAUUACCAAACGCUCAGCGCUGUGCUAACUUUAUAUCUCUGUUUGUCCACACUAUGCAAGGAGAAUAUGACAGCCAUCUGCCUUGGCCUUUCCAAGGCACUAUACGACUUUCUAUUUUGGAUCAGUCAGAAGGACCUGAAAGGCAGAAUCAUGAAGAAGUAAUGGAAGCCAAGCCGGAGUUACUAGCCUUCCAGAGACCAACAAUUCACCGCAAUCCCAAAGGUUUUGGUUAUGUGACUUUCAUGCACCUACAAACCUUGAAGCAAAGAACCUUUGUAAAGGAUGAUACUCUUCUGGUGCGCUGUGAAGUUCUAACACGUCUAGACUUAAACAGUCUCCGCAGAGAAGGAUUUCAAGCUCGCAGUACUGAUGGGACUGUUUAACCUGAAAGCCAUAACCAAAGGAAUGGAGCCGCUGGUCAUGUUCUUCAGCCACAGAUUACAAGCAUGCUUCCUAGUCUAUAUAGACUAAAUGUGUAAAAGAGCAUAAGAUUCAGUGUCACUCUGCAAGCUAACAUAGUUGAUCUUCACCUGAAUUGAACUAGAUGUCACUGGUACACUAUUUUUUUUUUUUCCUCUGAGGUCAUGUGUUUAAAUAUUACUUAUCAUUCUCUAUUAAUGUAGAAAGCUACUUCUGUAGCAAGCUAACUACAUGAAGUAUUGUUAAUAAUCAAAGCUUAGUUGCCUGCAAAAGAAUCCUGUUGAAGUACCUGGACAUCUCUGCUUGGUGAAACAAAAGUCAUAUCAGAAAAGACCUGUAAACCUUUGUGCCUCAGUGCCUUGGUAUGGAUGUACCCGUGCUGUAGCAGAGAAAUAGCUAAAUUAAUAAAGCUGAGGGUUCGGGGUUUUUUUUGUUUUGUUUUACAGAACUCGGGGAAGUUUUGCCUUGGAGUCGAGAUGGUUGCUAUAUUGACUCAGCAAUAAUUUUGAAUUGGCUAUGCUUGUCUUGAAAUCUUAAAUCAGGUUAAGGCUUUGUCAACAUCACCAAAAGUGAGAUAAGCUGUGACCCUUCUCUCCUGUGAAGUUAGCUUCAGGAAGUUGCAUGUUGAUGUAGAGUUGACAUUAGAAUUUCUGAAAGACAUGUGGUAGUGUUGUGGAGGAGGCUAAAUGACUCUGAGUUGAGUUCACUGAAGAAACAUGUGUAAGGUGGUCUGAAAGGAACCCCCAAGUUCUCUUUAUUUGACCAAUCUUUUUGUAAGUGUGUGUUCCAGGCCAACAACAUCAAUCAAUGUUGCUAGAGAGAUUGUUUAGCGUUAGGCUAGGAUACUUCUGUGCUGGUAGGACCUCCUCUUGAUGCUAAACAUUUCCAGACUUUUCACCUAGAUAUGAUGUUCCAGUUUUUGUGGGUUUUUUUAAACCAUUGAUCAAACCUGAAUUUGCACCAAAGUUGAACUUGUGGCAUAAAAUUGCAUCUUGUUCAAGUGAUUCCGUGGUGUUCUGGGUGACUUAGAGUGGUGUCCUAUUAAUUUGCAGUGGACAGCUGGCCAUAUCAACAUCCAAGUGUCAUGGGUAUUUUUCUGUCCCAUUUGGCAAUAGGAGCUGGGCCACCUUCAACAUUUUGAAGGGGAAGAAAAGCCUUCUGGUUAGUGUGAGGGAGAAGUUGCAAUCCUGUUUGCUCUCCAGGAAAAAAAAAAUCUGGCUUCCAUACUGUCCCAUUUACCAAACACUAGAUUUCACAGAAUCACAGAAUGGUUGAGGUUGGAAGGGGCCUCUGGAGAUCAUCUAGUCCAACCCCCCUGUGCUAUUUAAAGAAUUCAUAGGCUUCCUGAAAUUGUAUGUAUUACUUUUUUCUAUACUGAGUGUUUGUAUGCUAUAUACAUGUUCGCUUUGACUAGUCAAAGCUGAAUAGUUCAAGGUCAUUGGUGCUAAUAACAAGUUUUUAAUUUAUCAUGGUGCUGGUAAAAUUCUGAAUUUUACCUUUAAAAGGGGGAGGGGGGUGGAAUUUGUUCAUCCUGUAACUUAAGUACACAGUCAGAUACAGAAGAAAGAAUUAAGCCAUACGUAAGCAUAUGUUCUCCAUUAUUCCUCCAAACUAGUGAAACAAUCGAAAGGCUUAAGACACUGCAACUGGAAAGAUACUGAAAGCAUCCUGGGUAUUUAACCCCACGUAGGCAAUCCAGUAAGGAUCAUCAGUCAGGAAAGUGCAUAUUUAAUACAUACAAGGCCAAUGAAAGAGCAUUAUAAUAUAUUGAUUUGGGAGGGUUCUCUGCUUACCUGCAUGAGAUCAAAAAAUCCAGGAUGCAACAUACCACUUUUUUCAUCAUAUCCAGCUGAAUAAAAUUUAUUUUGCGGAUGGAGCCUAUUAAUUGAAGGGAGAUUAUGUUCAAUGGAAUAUUGCACUACUGAAACCUGAACUUUGUGGCUAAUGGUAAAUGCAGACAGUCACUGACUGACUUAGUCAAUUUUAUUUAGACUAAUUCUGUGGAUUUAGAAGACAGAUGAGUGUACAUUACUCAAAAUACAGAAAGAUCAUGCUUUAAAACUAUGUCUUAAGUAGUUUGUUACAUGGAAUAGACUCAACGUAAUAGCUGAAUUGUUUGGGAGUGUCUUUGGUUACAGCAUUCUUAGUAGUUAAACCAUCCCUAACCAAGGGCUUUUAAUAUAUGUCACAGUGCCCAGCUCCAGUAAAUACAGAAAGCGGUUCUUGACACUGUAUCUUAGUUCUCCAAUCUUUUUCAGGCUGUUAGUUCUCUGGGUUUUUUUCCCCAAGAUGUUCAAAGACUACUAAGCUUCUCCUUUUUUCAGGAGAAGGAAAGAAAAAAAUAGGUAAUUUGAGAGCUUAUUCCUGCCUCAGUUCCUUUCUCAACCUCAGUGAUAUUUAAAAUGCUCUUAGUCCGUAUCCUAAGAGUAUAUUACCAAGAUCCACUAAGUGCAUUAAUACUUUCCUUUUGAAGCUUUGCAUCACAAACCUUCAAGUAAAAGAAGCUGAAUUUUUGCUUUGAGCCUUAUGUUAGUUCUGAUGUAAUUCUUACUGGGGAGGAAACUCUGUUCGGUGGCAGGUUUCGGUGUUUAAGUGAGUCAGGUUAAUACUGUACAAUAGCGGAACCCAAUAGCAAAUAGAAAGCUAGUGUAUGUAUAAUACUGUAUUGACCACAGUAAUAUGAAUGCUUUAGUCACUGCUGCUACUUUACUGGUUUUGUAUCUUAAUAUUACCAGGAAGACCUCUGAAUGAUGCCAAAUUACUAUAAUGCCAGAGUUUUGCAUUAAAAACUUUCAUAGCUAAUUUGCUAAAUAUCAAUUAAAACUUUUCUGUCUUGACAAAUUGUAAGUGUUAACGAAAGGUUUAUUCAUCUUGUUGUUUGACUUUCCUCUUUCUCCCCCCACCUUCCAGACUACUCUUGAUUUUAACUGCAGUUCCAGAGCUUUCUCUUACAGGUAAGAACGUCAUUUCCAGCUAAUGGAAGAACUUAUGACUCUAGAUUGUUACUAUCUCAGAUGUAGUCCUACUAUCCUUUAUUCAAACUUUAAGGCUGGCGGUAAGACAGCCUGUGUGAAAAUAUAUUUUCAGUGAAACAGCCGCUUUUUUUUUUUUCUUAUGUUCCUCUAAUCUGAUCUCUUCUUUUGAGAAAUCAUUAUACUAUGUUGGAUUGAGUAUAACAACAAGAAAUACUUGAAUGGAAGCAGAAUCGUAUGCAGCCUUGAGAACUGUCUCUAAAACAAAUCUGAAGUAAUAUGGGGAUUGAACCAGUUCCAUUCUUUCCAGGAGUGGAGUGCUUUAGCUCUGUAACUCUUAAUGCUUUGCCACAUUAUUGGAUCUCAAGGUUUUUUGAAGGUGGCUUAGCUUCUUUUAUCUUUCCAAUUUCUACCGUCUUGAACAUAUUUCAAGUCAGACACUCUAAGUACAUGUAUUUGCAAAGCUGCUAUGGCACAAAUUUUCCAAGUAUAAUAUGUUGCAAAAGCUUUCUUUUUGCCUCUGAAUGUCUCCCCCUGCAGGGCAGGGAAAAUUAUUUUACUAAAAAUAUUGGUAUGUAUGUCAUGUAUGUGUGGGAGCUCAGAUACAUGAGAUGUAUAGACUUUUUUUUAAGUGGUCUCAUGAUAUGUCUGGUCACGUUUGCUAUCGAGGGGUUAAACUUGCUAAUGAAAUCGAAUUAGAAUGACCUUCCUGCUCUCAUUUAGAGACACUUUCUCAUCAAAUGUAUUGGUAGUUGAUGCAAAAGAUUAUUCUGGGGUCACUGUUGAAGGUUUGUGGUGGUUGUAUUUGGACAGAAUGGAAGCCCUCCUGUUCUCUAAGAAGUAUCAAUAGAUUGUUUAAUAUAUUUUGUAAUUAAUGCACAGCUAUAUUUCUGACAGGAUUUUUAAAAAUAAACUAAUUAAAAAGAGCUGUGUAUGUUGCAUUUUUAUUUCCAUCAGAGGAUGUUCAGAAAGAUUAACUACUACAGGACCUGUUCCGUAAUUUCUCAGUUCUGUGUGUUUCAGAGUUGGCUAGUUUAUAAUGGAGAUCAUGUAUCAUAUAGCAGUCAAACACUAUCAAGAUUAAAAAGUGUAAUUUAUUAAAAGGCAGUGUUAGCUAGUGUAACUGAUAAUAAAUUAAGCUUUGUUUUCUGGUAAUGAAUGAAGUAUUCUUGUGGCAAUGCGGCCAUUGAAGAUGCAGCUCUGAAAAAACACCCCACACUGUCAUCUAACUGGCCACAUCCUGCUUGCUUACUGUGUUGGUCACAAAAACAGCUAUUUGUUGAAGCUUUUUGUAAGAGACCCGGAUCAGAAAUGAAAAGGAGUUUUGAGUUCCACUCUCUGAAAAAGAAAGAUGUGCUUGCUUCCUGGCAGUCUGCUAACUUAUUUCAGCCACAGCGUUCUUUUGGAUUUGCUUUUAGCAGCAUCAGAGGGAAGAGGAAUCUAAAACGUUUAUAAUCUUCAAGACCUUCAAAUUCUCAGUGGUAUUUACUAGAGGUAAUGUCUAAUACUGUUCAGUUAAUGUUAAUUAUGACUUAUCUUUCAUGGAGGAAGUUAGUCCUAAUACCUUCCAUUGGUAAUGGACAGGAGAGCAU